AUGGAUCCCCUCUCAGUAGCUGGCAGCGUUGCAGGACUGGUCAGUUUGGCGGAUAUGGUAUUUCGAACAGCAGCAAAGUACCGAAAAGAGGUGAAGGGCGCUCAAAAAGAAGUAGGCGACCUUCUCAAUGAGGUGAAGAAUACUACUCUUCUCCUCCACAAUUUGUCCCUCAUAGCCUAUGACCUGGAGAGCGGCGCCGCCCCCGGCCAGAGCAGAGGCCCGAAUCUCAAGCUAGAGCAUCUUAAUGAUUGUCGAAAUAUUCUACGUCGACUUGAUAGCGGACUGACUGAGGCGAAAGAAGGCUUCGAGCUGCCGUCUCGUCUCGAUAGGCUGCAGGCUCGUUUGAAAUGGCCCUUCUCCGCGUCAGAAAUGAGAGAAAUGAUCGAUUCGCUACGAAACCAACAGAGGUUUAUAAAUACAUCUCUCACAGCGGAUUCAAUCACGCAACUCAUAGCAUGUCUUUCGCAGCAACAGGAUAUAGCGGGCCGAGUCAAAGACCUUCAAGCCACAACGAGCCAGAUCCUUGACAUCCAGACAAAAAUCCAACUUGAUGAACGCAGGAAUCGCGUCCUAGAGUUUUUCCUCAAGGCAAACCCUCAGUCGGAAUUCGAAACGAGUGAAAAGCUGCGACAUCGACUUACUGGCUUAUGGCUUACGGAAGGGGAGGAUUUUCACCGCUGGUACAACGAUCCUGGCACGAGGAUAUGGCUCAACGGUAUCCCGGGAGCGGGAAAAUCGGUGAUAGCCGGGGCAAUCAUCACCGAAUGUAUUCUUCAAAAUCAACCAAACCCUGGACGCGCUGUUGCAUACUUUUAUUGCACUUAUCGAGAUUCGAGAACGUUCUCAGCGUCGAAUAUCCUGUCAUCUGUUGCUGCACAACUUGCCCGACAAGAUGAGAAGGCAUACGAAUUAUUAGAGGCGUAUUACAGCGAGCUACAUCUGGGGGACUCUCUUCCAAAGAAUCCAACUACUAAGGGUCUGCAGGAGGUCCUAAGCACCAUGUCUACAUUCUUCAACCGGGUGUACAUUAUUAUUGAUGGGCUUGAUGAAUGCGACAACGAAGUUGAGAAGAAUAUCCAAUGCCUUCUCGCACUUGCGCGUGAUAGCAACAUUAAGAAACAAGCCAACAUAGCUCUCUUAAGCAGAGACGAGAUCUUCAUUCGAGAAAAUCUCGAAAUUGAGUUCCAUGUCAUCGAAAUAGAAGCCCAUACCGAAGAUAUUCAACUAUAUGUGGCUUCAGAACUGGAUGAACGGAUCGGUUCUAGAAAACUCAGGAUUAGGGAUAUGAGUCUUCGGGGACAUAUUAUAGCAGAACUUGUCAAAGGAGCGAAAGGAAUGUUUCGAUGGGUGGCUUGUCAACUUGAUUACCUGUGCGAACUUCCGACAGAUGGAGCUCGGCGCAAGGCUUUAAAUUCACUUCCACCAACACUGCCGGCAACCUACGAGCGCAUCCUGUUGAGGGUGAAUGCUCAUAGCGAGCAAGUGAAAUCCCUAGUGAAAAAUAGCCUUCUUCUUAUCGCCUAUGCAGAUUCCUGGCUCGAACCCCGCAUGAUUUGUGAGGCAGUAUCUACUUCCCUGAGCUGUACUAGACUGGAUGACGAUGAAAUAGUUGAAGAGCAAGAAAUUUUGAGAUGGGUUGGAAGUUUGGUGCGGAGAUCCAACGACGGGAAGCGUUUUGAGUUCGCACAUUUCACGGUGCAAGAGUUUCUUGAGAAGAUUUGCCCCAGCCACUCUACCCUGAGCGCAUACAGCGUAUCUCAGGAUAAAAUUUACGGAUACUUGGCUUCCAUCUGUCUAAAGUAUUUAACCCUGGAGAAUUUCACACGAUGUGGCCCGGAACCCACCACCGAGGAGAUUUGGAAUCUUCCGCGAUUAACUAAGUCGCGGCCCUUUUAUCAAUAUUCUGCCAUUUCGUGGCCAAAUAUCCUGCAAAAAGGUUCAGAUGAGACCGUGGACAAUGUUUAUCUCCAACUCCAGGCAUUUUUUCAAACCCCCAAAACAAGCAAUUUCUGUCUUUGGGCAAUUGAGUUGGCAAGGCACUGCUGCGUUGGGGCCGAUUCUGGAAUUAUUAUGCGGCCACAUGGCAGUUUCUUCAACAAUGGAAAAGAUGCUAAAGUCUGCAUAUCAGCUCUACUGAGGCCAGACUUUACUCCGUUACACAUGGCAGCUGCCUUGGGACUCCCACGACUCACAAGGCAUCUCAUCAACAUGGGCUGUAGUCCGAACUUCACUAGCAGGUUUGGAACACCCUUGCAUUGCGCUGUUGGGGGCCUUUCCGUUUUUUCCAAUUCUACUGUUGUGACGUAUCUUCACCGUUUCUCUGGCAUCUUGAGUCUACCCACAGGUAAAGCAAGACGUGAUACAGUUCAGCUACUUCUCAAUGCUGGCGCCAGCCCAAUUCCCAGAUUUCAAUCAAUAUUUAGGUCUUCAGGCAUGCUCGGACUUUCUGCUAUCUUUCACCGCACAUCGGGAAACUUUGAGAUCAUCGUCGAUCUUCUUCGCGCAGGGGCUAUUGUUGAAGACGAUGACCUGGAAGUCUUCUCUGCCACCUAUGACCAAUUUCUUGGAUGGUCAGAAAUCAAGAAAAGGCAGAGUUUGAAUGAUGGGCAAAUUCUAAAAGUUCUGGUUGAAGCCCUUGGUGCCCCAACUGCGAGUGACGGGGCUCGAUUUCAGUUACUCUCCAUGACAGUACAAUUUAUCGCAAAGCUGGAAAAUAGACGAGCGGAUGGAAUACCUCAAGAGGUAUCUAUUGGCAAAGAAAAUGUCGUCUCUAUCUCCUCCAUAAUUCGCAACAAUGAUGCUUCUCAAUUAAGUCGCUUUCUCCAAGACGAUAAUUUAGACUGGUUAGAAACUACGAUAUUAAAUGACGGGGGAGAAGGGCGAAAGCCAAUUCAUUUGGCCACACUCGCAAGAUCCCUAGACGUUUUGGGUCUGAUACUUGAGAGCGGAUGCGAUGUCAACAGUUUAAUGGACGACGGACGAGCGGCGGCAAAUUUAUGCUGGGAAGAUAAACAGGGGGAAUAUCUCAAGCUCCUGUUAAAGUACGGGGCUUCCACCACCAUCAAAGAAGGUGAUGGCAUAUCUUUAUGGCAUGCUGCUGCCACAAAUGACUCCGUUAUAAUCAUGAACAUAUUAGUUCAAAGUGAGCAGCGGGAUCAAGGGUUACGAACGAUGUCCUCGGAAGGACAGACUCCGAUCUGCGCUGCUAUCUCUGCACAAUGUCUCGGCUCUGCUCUUGUUAUGCUACCUUACUGCAACAUGAAAGAAUGCUGGAAUUCGAACAAAUCGAUAUUCCGCGAUGCCACGAUACUGGGAUCUUCAAUCAUCAUCAAGAAGCUUAUCGAGGUCGGUGUUGACUUGGACGGGGUGGACAGUGAAGGGUCGCCGCUACAUUUUCUGCCCCACUACCCAGAUCCAGAGUUGGUGAAGCUACUUUCUUCACUGUUUGACCUUAAUCAGAGGUCGUCUGUUAAUCAAAGAACGCCAUUUGAACAAUAUAUGUCUGGUACUUUAGGCCUAGGGUAUUACGCUUACCCCGAGAUAUACAAAAUGCUUCUUCCAGAAGAGGCGCUAUUACAAAAUAGGGAAGCAUGUCAUGUUUGGACAAACAUUUGCGAAAUCAUUGCUCUACCUAGGCAAAGACGGGAAAUCGGCAUCUCUUGGGGAAGCGAAGUACUGGAAUAUCUCAUCAGCAUGAAUAUUUUGGAACUGUUUGAGACAAAACGGCAUUUGUCAGGCGUGCUUCCUCUAUGCGAUGCAUUUCUGCGUGCACUUGCGCAACCAGACUUCGAGGCGGAUCCCCGUACUGGAUGUAUAUCCAUAGAAGAUAAAUUUGGUAUACUAUCUGGCGAAUACUGGGAGUAUUUCUCAGCCAUGUUCAUGGUAGUUGUUGAGCAAACAACGCUACCAAGAACCAUUGUGGCCAGUCCCACCAUUAUAACAAUCUUCAAACACGCUAUUGUACAAAAUGAUUUACCUUUGGUCAAAAUGCUUCUGAAAAAUGGCACAGAGCUCCAUACUGAAGUGGACGGGUUGAGUCCUUUCGAAAUAGCCUGUCUCGGUAGCCUAUCCAAUGAUUUAUUUACCUGCAUCAUGGAGCACUCACAGGCUGAUUAUCUUCAAAAAGCAAACAAGGCCGAAUUUGGGCGCGGGCCAAUUCACUAUGCGUAUUCCCCACGAGGCCUUCCGCGACAGGAAGAGAGCAUUCGUGUGCAAAAUUUACUCAGCCUGCUUCAAAACAUCGAAAAUUGCGAUAUACCAAACUCGGAGCAGGAAGGAACCCCAUUAUUCAACCAUAUCGUGAGAGGUUCUAUAAGUACAGCUGAAGUUCUUGUCGAGGCGGGCGCAAACCCAUGGAUAACCUGUGCUUCUACGGGGCUCAACUCGGUGAUGGAGGCUGUCCAUCAAGGAUUCACAUGGGGAACCAUUGAGAUUCUUACGCAGAAUGACGCCUACUCACCACAGUGGAAACACGUGCUCAAUAAUGGGGAAACAGUUCUACACAUCGCCGCGGCGGUUGGCAACUGUGAUUGCCUGGAAGUACUGCUAGACAAAGGCAUUGCUGGCCACUCGCAUACCCUCGACAAAUAUGAUAAAACACCUAUGCAUUAUGCAGCGGAGCAUGGCCAAACUGAAGCCAUUCGUAUCCUUGCACAAAGGGGAGGAGAUGCUAAUAUGAAAACAACCCACGGCUUCACACCGCUGCAUAUCGCGGCGGAUCAUGGCCAUUCAAGUACCGUGAAGGUCUUACUUGAAAUGGGAGCUAAGCAAUUUAAAUGCUCAAAUGGAUGUACCCCGCUAGUUUAUGCAUACAUGGAGGGUAAUCCUGAUGUUAUCAAGAUGCUAACUGCCGAAGCCAAUGAUGCUCAAUCAGCGGAUCUGAUCACAAAACCAAAGGCACUACUUACGAUGUCAAAGGCUUUAGGCGCUGCCGUACUGAACGAUGACUAUGUUGCAUGCGUGAGACUCAAAAAUCAAGGUUGUCCAAUCAACACAGAAGUUGAGUUAUUGGGGCAGCGCAUGACUCCCCUGAUGCUUGCGAUGUGUCAAUGGAAAAGCCCAGAGCUGAUCAACUGGCUCAUUGAAAACGGCUCUCUGGUAUCUAUCGUAUAUGACCCCCCAAUACAGAAUUGCUACUUUUCUGUUCUAGAUGUAGCUAUUACGGAUUCGAUUUAUGUCGGCUUCCUCCCGCGGCUGAUCAACGCCUUUGUUGAGGAGGGAGGCGAUUUACUCGGCCUACCGCACAAUAUUCUCUUCAAGGCGAUUGACUAUCGAGAACACGGCGCGUUGAAAAUUCUACUUGAGGAAGAUUUUAAAGAUGUCGCCACAAUCAAUAAGUCAGCCUUCACAUGCCACCCUGAAAAACUCAGCCAUGAGGCCCGGUCAGCGAUCCUUCGUCUUGUCAAUAAACGCAACGAAAUAGGAAAUUAUGGAGCGACUCCCCUCAUAAGAGCAGUUUCAUCAAGAGCUGUUGAUGCCGUGGAGCUUCUGAUACAAGCCGGAGCUGAUGUCGAUUUGGUGAACACUUCUAACGGGGGCACAGCAUUACACCACGCAACGUUCCAGGGGUCCGUAGAUAUAGCACAGCUGAUCCUUGAUUUCGGUUGCCUCGUUAAUGUGCGAGAUAUCUGUCAGAGAACGGCCAUCGAUUAUGCCUUCAUUGAUGGUAACUCAGAUAUUGCCCGCCUACUGAUCCAAGCUGGUGCUCAAGUAUCAACGGAGAGCAUCGCACUGUUCGGUCAUCGUCGGUCCUUGGCUCACCUUUUCAACCACACCGAUUGCCGAGCUUCACGUUUUUUGGAUCUACAAGAUCCCCUGCAUGACCCAAUUACACUGAGUCGCCUUUGGAUAUCCAACAUAACGGCAAAUAUUCCUAUACUGCGCCGAUAUAUGGGCGAUGCUAAGUUAUCAACUGUUUUGAAGUUACAUUCCUCUGGGAAGCACAGCGUUUUAUGCCAAGCAAUCGUGCUAGGCCUGAUGCAACCAGUUAAAAUGUUGGUUAAUUUUGGAGCCGACGUUAACUACCUAUGUGAAGAUCACGGUACUCCCCUAACCGUGGCAAUUCGUUUCCGUCAUUUCAAAUUAUUCAAGUACCUUUUCCGAAACGGCGCAAGUAUGGAUCAUGGCUCCGAACAUUCAUCGAAUGUUCUUUCGAAUGCCGAUGGCAAAAUUGACCCCUUUAUCUUGGACUGGGUACUCGUCACUCGGCAUAUCGAGCAAUGCCGGAUCACGUAUGAACAGUUCAAUAUGAACGAGAGCAUUACCGGCCGUUGGGCCGGGGUGAAGACAGCCGCAAUACGUAUGAAAUGGGAGUGGGAAAAACGUCGCUCCCAGUCCUCGUUUGAAUAUGCUUGUCGACUGCAAGCCAUCAAGAGGUCGCUUCGAGGCAAAGUCGUCAGUCCCUUAGAAAUAAGGCUAUAG